AUGUCACACCCGAUAUUACAGAAGACCGCCAUCGGCGUCGGAUUGUUCUGGCUCGCCGUGUUUCUAUUCGUAAUAGUCCAAUCUGUGCUGAACGUCCCAAUAGCCGGCAUCAAGCCUGAAGCCGUCCGGCUCAUCCUCGCGAUGACCUUCCCGUUCACCGCCGGCAUAUCCGCCUUGGUGAUUGGCGUCACAUUUUUAAUCGCACGGCGCAGACCUCAGAUGAAGCAGGGCUAA